AAGAUGAGAAAAAAAAAAAAACCGCCGCUUUGGUAAAAUUAAAUCACACAAACUCCUAAAAGCCUCUAAUGGCGUCGGUGUUGUUGUUGUUACUAGGGUCACUUCAUUCCACUUGUCUCUAAGGAAAACACUCAACCUGUUUACUUCUCUCUCUCUACAUCUGAACUUUGCCCCAAUCGCAUACCUACGUCUCAACCUUGCUCACAAGUCACAAGGCAUUGCCUGAUAACAUUACUUUACUCUUAAGAAAAUUAAAAACGAAAACGUAACUUCCUAGCGAUCACUCAAAAAUCCCUAGUUUUCUCUCUAUAUAGAGAGAGAGAGAAUGAUGGAGAGUUAUGAAUAGAGGGAUUCUUUAGCCCUGUUUCAAGACUUACCCCUUUCUCUCUCUCUCUGUGUCUCUCUGUUCUAUGACUAAAGGUUUGAAAGGUACAUCCAGUAGUACCGGGGGCAACGGCAAUGGCGAUUCCUUCGCAGAUUUUUACGAAGGAUGGCUAGUGCGUCAAGAACAUUACCUGGACGAGCUCGUCUCCGCGUACCAACACAGUGAUGAAUCUUCUGAUGAUGAUCUCAGAGAGCUCGUUUCUAGAAUUCUCGCUCACUACCAGCAGUACUACGAGGAGAAAGCGAAAAUAAUCGAGCGGAAUGUAUUCCUCGUCUUCUAUCCACCGUGGUUCACCUCCUUAGAGCGAGCUUUCCUCUGGAUCGGCGGGUUCAAACCGGGACUUGCGUGUCGCAUCGUAACCAAUUCGAUCAGCGAUCUGUCGGAGGAUCACAUACAGAGCUUGGAUCGGCUGAUGAAGGAGACGAAAUUAAAGGAGCGUACCUUGAACGACGAGCUCGCGAGGAUCCAAGAGAGCGUCGGGGCGCCGCCGUUGUUGGAAAUCGCAAGACGCGGAGGGAGAAGAUUGAUCCACGGUGAACAAGCCGAGAACGCGGACUCGGAUUCGGCAAUGGCGUCGCUCAAGUCGGGUAUGGAAGCCGUUGUGACCGCAGCUGAUUCGCUUCGGAUGGCGACGGCAUUGAAAGUUACGGACGUGCUGGGACCGGCUCAGAGCGUGAAGUUCUUGGCGGAGGCGGCUCGGCUUCAGCUCCGGCUCAGAUCUUGGGAUUUGGAAUGAAGAAGAUGACAACUGUGUGAAACAGAGAGAAUUUUCGGGUCAGAAUCUUCAUGCUGCAAUUUUUCAAUGGAUGAAUUUGCCUUUUAUACGAUAUAUAUAGGCUGCGGACGAUGUCUACGUAGGAAUUAGAUUUAUAAACCUUACUAUUGUUAUUAUAUUAUUUUUAUUUGGGCGUGGGACGUACGUGCUAUAUAUAGUGAGGAAAAGAUAAAGAGUAUUUUUAUUCAAAUUUUGUCUCUCUGACGAGGUAACAACUCACUCUUGUUGGAGAUGGAGAUGGAGAUGGAGAUGGAGAUGUGAGGAUUAAAUUAAAAUGUUGGGGCUACUGUUAUUUUCUCACAGUUUUUGUUUUUGGUGCUUUAUUUAGUUUGGGUCAAUUCUGAUUGUAUUUUUUAUUCUAGGUAAUGUUUUUCUUUCAAAUAAAUAGAUAAAAAAAAAAUAUAAGCAUCAAAUACUUGAAA